AUGCAAAUAUAUGAUUUCUUUCUGAAGAGUAUCGAAGAAGAACACUUUACUCCAAACCAUACAAUGGAAGACACAUGUGCAUUGAAUGACGCGAAACACAUAUGCAAUCGCCCGACUUUCCAGGUUUUCCCGUCUUUAUUCGAUUUGUCCCCCAAAUUAUUACAUCAUAUUUUUGAUUAUUGCGAUACUCAAACAAUUCUUCGUUCAAUUCGUUGUGUUUGCAGAAAAUUUUACAAUAGUGUUAAUAUUUACAAUCGAUUUGAAUUAAAAUAUCCUAUAGCUUCAAACUGGAAUUUGGAAAAUCUUGCUCAUGCGAUUCAACUUGACAGAUUCACUUCACUAUUUAUUUUCGGUGAUCCAUAUAAAGAAUAUUUCUUUAGCGAUAAAUGGAAAAUGCCUGAUAGGUUUAAUCAAUUUAUGCGACUUCGUUCAUUGACUUUUUAUCAUGUUGAUUGUGAAACAGUAGAGAGUAUCGUUAAAAGAAUUCCAACUGAUCAUUUAACUUCUCUGUCAAUCUAUACAGAGAGUGAAGAAACAUAUGAUCUUCAACAAUUAAGAAUGCUUCAAUGCAAUCUUCGAAAGUUCGCUAUGAAUGGUGCAGAUAUACAAAGUUAUAAAGAACAUAUUUCAGGGCCAAUCACCGACCAAUUAGUAUAUUUGGAGGUCGGUUUGUGUCGUUUUGCUGAAUAUGUUAGUUUUAUUCAUGAAAUGCCUCAUUUACGAACAUUGAUCAUAAAAGAUUGUCUUCUGGAUGAAAAUUACCAAGACAAAAUCAAUGAAUUGUCCCAAUCGCAUACUUCAUUAUUAAAAUCACUUACUAUGAAAAAGUGUUCGGCAUUUUUAGAAGAAUUAGAAUCUUUAUUUUCACUAACACCAAUACUUAAUCAUUUGGAACUAAUCUUUAAUGGCUGCGUAUUUGAUUCUCCACUAGAUGGCCAUCAUUUAGCGCAAAUUCUCAAAACCAGAUUACCGCUGCUAAAUGACUUUAGAUUUUUCUUUUCCUAUUGUUAUCUGCAUCUCAAGAUACCAGAACAUUUGUUGAUAAAUACGAAACCAAUAAUAACUCCAUUUCAAACACCAUUUUGGCUCGAGGAAAAACAUUGGUAUGUUACUUGUGAACAUAUAUACUCUUAUGAUUCAAUUGUCUUAUAUACAACACCAAUUCUACCUGUCAAUGAAGAUUAUAUUGACUAUAUUCGUCAUGUUCUGUAUAAACUAGGAAAUAGAUUUAGCAAAAUGCCAUCUCGUCAAAGAAGAUCAGUAUUUCAAAAUAAUCCCUAUCCACGCGCCUCUCCAUUAGAUAAAGCCAUAAGAUCAUCAGAUUGCCGGCAAUAUAAAGAAAGUGGACCAGAAAGAUGUAAAAUCUCGAUCAAAGACAAUAUUUGUCAAUUGUCCUACAAAUUUUUUGAUCAUAGGACUAAAGACGAGACACCAUCGUUAUUGGAUUUCGUAUGCAAUGGUAAUUGUGAUAACCGAUUACACGAUAUUGCGGUUGCUUUAGCAUAUGGCGAUACAUUUUCUGUAUUGGAUUUAUCAAAUAAGGGCAUCAAAGAUACCGAAGUUCAAUAUCUUGCUAAUGCUUUGAGACAUAAUAAAACAUUGAAGAUAUUAAAUCUUAGCAAAAAUCAAAUUGGAGAUUUAGGAUUUCAAUAUCUUCUUGAAAGUUUAGAACAGCAUACAACAUUUACGUCGUUAAACAUCAACGGAAACCAAAUCGGUCAUUUUGCACUGAAAUAUCUGCUAACAACUUUGCGACACGUCAAAACAUUUGUUGAAUUAAAUCUUGGUUCUAAUCAAAUCGGUGACAAAGGAACGGAAAUUCUUGUUGAUAUUUUGCAAAAUCCGGAGACGAGUUUAACCACAUUAAUUAUUUCCAACAAUCAAAUAACCAUUUAUGGAGUUCAAAUUCUUUCUGAUGUACUCAGAUACAAUAAAACAUUGAUUAAACUGGAUCUCAGUCACAAUCAAAUCAAUGCUCGAGGAGCACAACAUCUUGCAACUGCAUUGGAAUUCAAUAAUACACUCACACAUUUGAAUCUAUCGAAUAGUUUGAUCGAAAUCGAAGGUAUAAAGUAUUUCAGUAAUUUGUUACAAGAAAAUAAAACACUUACCAAAUUACUUCUUGCGAAUAAUGAAAUCGGAGAUGUCGGAAUACAAUAUUCUAGCGAUGUUUUACGAAACAACACGGCGUUGACAACUAUCGAUUUUAGUGAUAAUAGUAUUGGAUAUCAAGGAGUGUUGUAUUUUAUUGAUGCCGUAAAAAUGAAUAAAGCAUUAAAAACGAUCCAUUUCGGUGGAAAUGCAGUUUCAGAUGAGAUAUCCAAUGAAUUCAAAUCAAUCCAGAAAAAACAAAAUAUUCAAAUAAUUUUGCGAUCAUCAUCAUCUUUUUAUUUUUAA